GACGGAGAGUGGUAUGGCGAUUGAAACGCAGACGGUUUUGCGGCUGAUGGCACAAUGGGGAGACUCCAAGCUGAAUGACGCGAUUUUGGAGCUUCUGUUGAAACUGUGUCUGGACGAGCAUCAGGACAUGCUGAGCCUCUCGAAGUCAAAUGUGAUCUUCGGAAUCCUCCUCGAGUGCAUCGAGAACAGCGUAGCUGGACUGAGGGACAAGGUCGAGCUGAUCCACCCGACCACCAUCAGAAGUACCGACUUGGCUGAUAAAGAGGCGCUCCGCCGCUGGUACCAUAUGCAUUGCAAAUAUCUCCGGGUCUGGAAACUUGUAAUGCUGAAUGGUCAUCAUGAUUGAGUGUGCGUGUGCCUUCAAUUGCAGCGGAGCAUGAACAGUUUUUCAAUCGCUUUCUCCUGCGCAGCACGCAUUAUUUCGUGACGAGAUUGUGGUGCUUUUGCAGCUCUGUGCAAUACAGAUUUUUGGUUCAUCAACCUUUCCAGACCCAGACAUUUUUGCAGGGGAUAUACCAGGGUGGGCGACGGGGACCGAAGCCCUGCAACCGGGUUCAUGUCAUGGGUUCGGUUUUGGAGUAUCUCGCAUACAAGGAACCCCUGGCAAUUGCGGCGCUGGCAAUUGCGGCGCUGCUGGCUCCGUGCUCUUGGCGGAGCGGCACCGGCGUGCUGGGCUUGGUAUAGCCACGAGCACCGUCGUCCGCCGCAUGGUGGACGAUUUCGGGAGGGACCUCCUUGCUGACGCCAGUACCACCGCAUCCCUGCCCGUGAGCGGGCCGAGGGACGACGC